CUCCCUAGAGGAACAGCAUCGAACGCGACCCCUGGUGGCAAGUGUGGCAAAUAAAGAUGGCGGCUUGUGUGACAGAAGUUCCACGGAAAAAUGGAAAACAUGUGGAAAUUGCUAUUGCAGACGACUCUUCUGAGAGCGAGACAGAACCUGAACCGGCCAAGAGAUUUCACAGGCGUAUAUCAACCAACAGAGAGAUUAAAUCCUCCGCAUGCACCAAAGAAGGUCAUUUGAUGAAACAGACAAAUUUUCAGAGGUGGAAAAGAAGAUAUUUUAAAUUGAAAGGAAGAAAACUUUAUUAUGCCAAAGACACCAAGUCGGUGAUUUUUGAUGAAAUAGAACUCACAGAUCUCAGUGUAGCAGAAUGUAGCACCAAAAAUAUUAACCACAGUUUCCAGGUUAUAACACCAUUUAGGAACUUAGUCCUGUGUGCCGACAGUAGAAGAGAAAUGGAGGAGUGGAUCACAGCCCUUAAAACAGCCACUAAUAGGGAAUUCUAUGAUGGCAAUGCCAGUCAGAGAGAGAUGAUGUCUGGUCAGCAUAACUGGUAUGCCUGUUCCCAUGCUCGCCCUACAUACUGCAAUGUCUGCCGGGAAGCCUUGUCAGGGGUCACCUCUCAUGGCCUGUCUUGUGAGGUCUGCAAGUUCAAGGCUCACAAGAGGUGUGCUGUGAAGGCCCAGUCGAACUGUAAGUGGACGACCCUAGCUGCCAUCGGACGGGAGAUCCUAGAGGAUGAAGAUGGACUGAUCUCAAUGCCGCAUCAGUGGUUAGAAGGGAACCUCCCUGUUAGUGCUAAGUGUAACGUGUGUGAUAAAACCUGUGGCAGUGUGUUAAAACUACAGGACUGGAGAUGUCUGUGGUGUAAAGCUAUGGUACAUUCUAAUUGUAAAGACCAGAUGUCAUCAGUGUGUCCGCUGGGUCAGUGUAAACUGUCUAUCCUUCCCCCUACCGCCAUCAACAAUAUCGACUCGGACGGUUACUGGGAGGCCACACGCCCCCCUCGAACCAGUCCUCUUCUGGUGUUUGUCAACACAAAGUCUGGAGACAAUCAGGGAGUGAAAUUUUUACGUCGGUUUAAACAACUUUUAAACCCUGCUCAGGUUUUUGAUUUGAUGAAUGGUGGACCACAUCCAGGUCUGAGACUAUUCCAGAAGUUUGAUCAGUUUCGGAUCCUGGUGUGUGGGGGAGAUGGAAGUGUGGGCUGGGUUCUAUCAGAAAUCGACAAACUUGAUCUCCAUAAACAGUGUCAGAUGGGGGUACUGCCUUUUGGGACAGGGAAUGACCUGGCCCGGGUCCUAGGCUGGGGAUCGACCUUUGACGCUGACACACAGCUGCCUGUGAUACUAGAAAAAUUAGAACAUUCUCAGAUUAAAAUGUUAGAUAGAUGGAGUAUAUGGACCUAUGAGGGCACCAUGCCCCCUCCUCGAAAGCUCUCACAACAGUUUGAUCCAAUAUCUGUUUAUGAAGAUUCAGUGGCAAAUCAUCUCUCCAAAAUGCUACAUUCCGAGGACCACGCCGUUGUUAUUUCCUCAGCAAAGGUACUGUGUCAAACUGUGAAAGACUUUGUUGCCAAAGUUGGAGAGGCACAUGAAAAAGAGGGCCAGAAGGAUUCUGAUAUAGCUUUAAAGUGUAACGUGUUGAAUGAGAAGUUAGAGAGUUUACUGGUAACACUUAAUGAAGAGGCGGAAGCCUCCACACCAUCUCAGGAACCAACAAAAUCCCCUCCCCCUCCAGAUCAAGAUUCCAACAAUCAGGAUCGAGACACCGUCCCUGGGGUCAUCACCGCCCCCACCAAAACCAAAUCGGCCAUUUUCAAACCCAGAGAUGCCCUUAUGUCCAGAGCAAACAGUCUGAAAAAAGCAAUUCGCCAAAUCAUAGAACAUACUGAACGAGCUGUUGAUGAACAAAAUGCACAAACAGAGGAACAACUACAAAGACUGACUGAGUCAGGUUUGUAUAAAGCAGACAGUACUGAUAUACUGGAUGCCACAGAGUCCACCCCACGCCGCGGUCUGCAGGCAGACUUAGAAACUUCUAGAUCCGCUCCUACAUUUUCCAUAUUCACAUUGGAGGCAGCUCCCAAAACUCCCGUAUCAAAUCCAAGAAACCUUGUACACACAGAUCCUAACCUGAACGUGAAGGAUCUGGAUUCCGGAGCCUCCAGGAGAAUCAGUAGUAUGAGCAUGCUCAAUAAAACGGCCAGUGUAGGCUCCAUCCUUGGACACGAGAAAAGCCCGCUAAAGGAACAAAGUGCACCAUUGUUUGGUGUACCCUUCCACACCGUCUUACCAGGUUUAAACAGUAACAUUGCAGGGAAGUUAGCUGGAGGGAGUUUUAUAAGUAAGGUCCUGUUGGCCAAUGCGGACGCCCUCUGUGCAGCAGCAUCCCCACUUGUCGAAGAUGAUAUACCAGCAACUGAAUACACUGAGCGAUGUGUCAUGAACAACUAUUUUGGGAUUGGGUUAGAUGCCAAGAUCACUCUAGAUUUCCAGAACAAACGAGAUGAGCACCCAGAAAAAUGCCGGAGUCGAACAAAGAAUUUCAUGUGGUACGGUGUGUUAGGAGGUAAAGAGCUGGUUCAAAGGUCAUUUAAAAAUCUAGAUCAAAGAGUACAGUUAGAGUGUGACGGCCAGCGAAUUCCUCUCCCGAGCCUGCAGGGAAUUGUUAUCCUUAAUAUUCCAAGUUACAUGGGUGGCGCAAACUUUUGGGGAGGAAAAAAGGAGGAUGAUACAUUUCAAGCCCCCAGCUUUGAUGACAAAAUUCUAGAGGUUGUAGCUGUGUUUGGGAGUGUUCAGAUGGCCAUGUCUCGAGUGAUAGACAUACAGCAUCACAGGAUAGCGCAGUGUCGUCGUGUAAAAAUUACAAUUAUGGGAGAUGAAGCAGUGCCAGCUCAGGUAGAUGGUGAAGCCUGGAUGCAGCCCCCAGGAUAUAUCCAUAUUGUCCACAAAAACCGGGCUCAGAUGUUGACCAGAGAUAGGGUGUUUGAGAACACACUGAAGUCAUGGUCGGAGAAGCAGAAGGAGAUUGAGCGGUCAGUCAGUCCACAGCCCACGUCUCUCUCCGAGGAGGAAUCUCUAGUGUUACAGAACUUUGUGGAGGUCGCAUCAGCCCUCAUCAAGUGUGUGAAGAUAGCUUCCUUGAAGUAUAGUGCUGUAGAACAAGAGUUAUUCCCCCUUGCUACACAGGCAUCUGAAUACAUGGAUCGCUUGUUUCCAGCAGGAAAAUUAGCAGAGAUGGAGGCAGGAGAAAUGGAGUCGUAUCAGCCGACCUUGCGGAGUCAGGUGAUAGACUUUGUUCGCAGUGUCCAACACCUAAACCAUGACACCAGUAACUUCCUGACAGACAAGGCAGCUGUUGUGAGACUUGCACCUGAUAUAUCAGAACGUCUGAAUGCUGCACUGGCGCACCUCGAACUAGAAUUACAGAAGAUAUGCCAGGUCUGCGGAAUUAACUCGACAUUCCAGUAUGACCCCUCACAGAUUGCACAAUCACAAGAGGAGUUGAUUCCAUUAGAACAGAAGAGAAAGCCAGGAAAGUUACGCCAGGUGUACAGCAAGUUAAAGGGAAAGAGCAAAGAGAAACAAUACAUUCCACUUUCAUACAUUGUGUAUAACUGGACACCAGAAGAUGUAGGACAGUGGCUGGAAUCUCGCUCUCUGGCCGAGUAUAAAGAUUCCUUUAUUAGAAACGAGAUACGAGGCACAGAGUUACUCACCCUUGAUAAAGGAGAUCUUCAGGAUCUAGGAGUGACAAAGGUCGGACAUCUGAAAAGAAUUCAGCAGGGAAUCAAAGAACUUAACAAUCGUAUGACGGCUUACGAUAAAUCCCUGGUGUUUGAGAAGAAUUCCUCCUGACACCGUUACUAAUUAUAAAUAGGGAGAGGAACAUUUAUCUCUCUUUUAUUGCUUUUUUCAAAUUAUUCCUAUAUAUUUUGACUUCUGCAUUUAAAAUUUUUUACAUGUAAUGACAUCUGGUCUCAAAAGAGAGGGAUAUGUUGACAAAACAGGGUAUGUGAAGCAUCUCCGAGGGUGACAGCUUAAAUUCCAGAAUUGUUGUCUAAAUUUGCUUUCCUGUUCAGCAAGAAGAUCGAUACCAAAGAUAAAUAGUGCUGAUCUGAAGGUUUGUUAUCAGCUUCUUACUGGUGCUUAUGGUUGUCUGGAAACAAGUUCAACCCUAACUUUAUUUUUAGUGCUUAUGUAAUGAAGCAUGUUGUCAAUCAGAAGGAAGAAAUCAAUAAUUCUUGUUGCCAUAAACUUUCUUUUCAGUGUAUUAUUUUUUUCUAACUAUGAAGUACUUUAAUAUGUAGUGGAAUUUUAACAUUUUGAGCAUUAAGUUGGAACAAGUUGUCUCCCAUUGUUGAGAAAUGUAGGGGGCAGGCCUCCAUACUUGUGUUACAACUGUUUACAUAUUUUAUUAUCUUGCCUAAGUCUUUCCGAUUGUCCACAACCAUAGUGUAAUACCUCUGUAUGUGAAUCUGUAGUGUGUAGCUAGUACUGCAUCUGUUGUCUGUCCGGAUAAGGAUACUUAUACAUUCAGACAUGUAUAUUAUAAACCUGAUACAAGAUAAUAUCAUCUACUACAAUGACCAUAUUCUGCAAAGUCAAAUUAUUGCUGGAAUUUGCCAUCAAAUUUUGCCAAAAUUGAAAUUAUGAAUAAUUUACAACCCCUUUCUUCAGAAUAGUGAGUUUUAAACUUGUUUAUUAUUCGAAUCAUAAAGAUCUUCUUCAUUGACAAGCUUUCUAUUGGUUUUUCCUUUGAUUCCUGUAGAAUAUUUGGAGGAGGUCAACAGCAACAAAUGCAGUAUAUUUUUGUCUAUUUUUACAUUUUUAUAUGUAAUAAAUGUAAGUGUUUUUUUCUUGUUAUUUAUAACUCAUGUCUGCAGAUAAACUAGGAAAUUUUGGAUAAUGUUGAUAUAUUUUGUACAGUUUUUUGUAUCUUUUAUAUAUUUCUUGUUUAAUGACAUGCACCAGUUCCUGUUCCUAUGACAAGCAUAGAUCUUCCAUUUGUUUUUCUCUGUUCUUCCAUCAUCCAUUUCUAAAACCAAUUAUCUUUAUACAAAUCCAUCAUCCAUCUCUAAAACCAACUGUUAUCUUCACACAAAUCCAGCAUUGUAUAUCUGAGACUAUACAUGGCAAUAUUUCUGUUAAAGUCUCUGAUUGACUUUUUACGUCUUUGCUAGCCAAAUAAUGUUUCUGCUCCAAUCCUUUGGCCUUAUCUUACUAAUUUUGGAAUUUUUUUGAGAGAGAUUUAAUUGGUUUCGGUUGACUGUGCUCAACCAAUCAGCAAGUGUAUUGCAAAGCAGUGGUCAUUGACAAUAUCUCUGUAAGGAUGUUUGUUGGCUGUAUGUUUCAGGAAUAAAAAGCUCACAUAAACAACGAUCUGUAAAAUAACAGAACGAUGGCCGUUCUUUAAGUAGCAGUGGUGCCAGCUUACUGAAGUUGAGAGGGUGAGAGAAUGUGACCUGCUAUAUAGUUUGCCAAUUAUUUUGCUUUGACAUCUGUUAAUCUUUGCUUGAUCCUUGUUCGGUGAAUGUACUUCAUUAGAAGGUUCUUCUAUUUUUAUCUAUGAUGCAACCCAUGCGUUUGGAUCACAUUGUAUCAACAAUCCUACCUUUUAAUUGGUACGGUAGGAUGAGGGUUUGUUAGAAGAUAAUGGAAAACACUUGGCUGGCAAAGGUGAUUCAUUUCCAGAUGAAGUUUGUUUAACACUCUUUGAUAGGAGAUCUCCUUCAUCUCACAUUUAAUACAUAAUAGGAUUCAGAAUACAUAACCAAAGAAAACACCAUACAAUAACGGGACAAUACUGUGUAGCUUUAAAGAAAUUUCUUGCAACUUUCGUCUAAAAUUCCCAUUUGUACCUAUAGUACAUUAUACAAGAUAUACAUGUAUAACUGGUACAGAAUAGGAUUAGUAUCAUGCUUUAUUUUUUUUCUCUCAAACAAACAUUUAUGCAAAAACUUCUCUUGUGUGCAAAAUAUACAUGUAUGUACUAAAUAAGGUGCAUCCUAAAAGAUAAAAUUAAUAAAUAUUGCUAUUUUUUUUUUCUUUGACAGUAUUCAGAGGUACCACAUUAUUCUUCAUGAUAUUUAUAUCAAAAUCCUUGUCAGCUUCUCAGAAAUAUAUAGGACAUGUUAUUUACUUAUUAAUGAAAACGUAAUUGCCUAAAGUGUUGUAUAAUUUCAUUGCUUUUGACUUUUUAAUCAUUUUGAAAGUUGUGAUUUUGAAGUACAUGUAUCAUAAGUCUUUUACCUACUUUGAUAUUUAUACAUCUUGGAAAGGUUUAUAUUGUUUCAUACCUCUAUAGUAUACUUUUCAAGGAUUUAAUAUGUACCACCAUUUUUCUAUAUUAAAUACAUCCCUUUACUUAACUCCAUUUCAGAAUAUUAUACAGUUCUGGGCACUUACUGUGUUAAUAGAGUUGUAAUUCACUGACUAAAUGGCAAGUAUAUAUAUUACAAGCAUGGCAGGACAUCAGUAUUCAUACAUUAUUCUGUCCAAUUAUUGGACACCAGUACCUGUACAUUAAUUCAAUAUGUGGACACUAGUAUCCGUGCAUUAAUUCAAUUUUUGGACACCAGUAUCCCUGUAUUAUUUCAAUUUUUGGACACCAGUCCAUACAUUAUUUCCAAUGCUUGGACACUAGUUUUCAUUUUAUUUUUCAAUUCUUGGUCUUGUUAUUCUAUUUUUUGUUCGGACACAAGUCCAUACAUUAUUUCAAUACUUGGGCACUGGUAUCUACAGUACUCCAAUACUUGGACAGUAGUUUCUGUACAUUAUUUUAAUUCUUAUCAACAAUAAAAGCCUCUGUGGUAUUUACUGUGUAACAGUUAUUGUGUACAGUACUUUGUUAUCAACGAAAAGAAAAUCGUCCUUUUCUUACUUUGUGUUAUUUCAAGUAGAUUCUCCACAUUUUUUUUCAGUAAUGACAUGUAAGACACACACAAUACUUGUACAGUGACAAAUUGGAUGAUAAGAUUGCAGUGCGUAAUUGUAUGGUUGAAGAUUUGAUGAAUUUAAUUACGUUUUUUUGUCUCUUCACUUUCAAAAGGGGAAAAAAAAAAUUUUUUUAAAUUGUGGCCAAGCUACAACUUCUCAACCAGUUAUUGGACUGAAUUCUAAGUUUAGUGUGUUGUUGCCCAGGAAGUAUAUUUGUUUCUCGGUUGUGUUUCAAAGUCCAGGACACGGUGCAGUUAAACAUGUAAAUUGUGUCAUUAUUGACAUGUCUGGACAAUAACUAACCAUUGUUUAGAAUUAGCUCUGUCACUUGCAUAUUGUUGACCGUGACAUUAGAUGUGUACUGAUCUUGAUUCAAGGUCAUCUUGUCAAGGUAACAGGGCAAGGGGGCUGAGGGAAGGGGUCCAAAGAUGAGUGAAGUCUUUUUUUUCCUCAAAAAAAGAGAAACUAUUCAGAUUACACUGUAAAACUGUAUUUUUUCUUUUCAGAAUUGUUUAAAAUUUGUGUAUGAAAUUUUUUCUGAUUCCAUUACAGUUCUAUAUUUAAUAACAGAAAUUAUUUCCAAUAGAAAACAGUUUUUGUUCGAAAAAAAAAAGUUUCAUAUUAUUUCUAAGUUUUUUGAUAAACCUGGUCUUUUGUUAUAUUGAAGAGGCUUUUUUUUCAUAAUGUAAGAUUCAUGAACCGUAAUUAACCCUAAUUCUUAAGUUGAGCCUCAGCAAGAUGUCUUUUACGGAUCUAAUUUAUGUUUACUUGUUGAUUUAUGAGAAGUUGGCAUUUGUUAGUAUCUCAUUUUGACUUGUUAAAAAUGAUUUGCGAGAAGUUGACCUUUAUUAGUUUCCUUUCCAUAACUCUAUGCUAAAUGAAGACUAGUUCACAUUGAGAUCCUGAACCACAUGUUGACAAUCUAUUAAUUUUCUGUUAGGAAGUAUGCUUCUAAAGUCAUUUUGUUUGCUAAUCUUUUAAAUGUUAUAAUGUCAAUUUAAAAACCAUUCCUGUUUUUUAUAAAGCCAUACCUCUUUCAUAUUUGUUGUUUGGAUGAUCUAAAGAUUGACCAAUCAAAUAUUUUUAUUUAUUUCAGAAUUCAAUGUCAUAUUGUCAUGUUUCAUUUGUUGUGAACUUGAAUAAAUUUGUACACAAGAA